CCAACUCUUGACGGCGCUGUUGCGAAUGGCUAUUUGGCCCAUUGCUCCUGCAUUCAGCAGCUCGCAAACCAUUCCAUCUUUGUCCUCUUUCCCGUUCUCCGUCGCUGGUAUUGCGUCAUGGAUCCGGCACUUGCGGCCGGUAGCACCGCGUUUGUAGCGCCGAUUGCGCCGGUUGCGCCGCUGCCCGCACCCUCUUUGACCCCCGAUACCUUCAAUGCGCAGUCGCUGGGUCGCGGUUUGAAUGCGCAGGUUAAGCAGUCGCGCGUUCUGAUGGUCGGCGCCGGCGGCAUUGGCUGCGAAUUGCUCAAGAACCUCGUGCUUACCGGCUUUGGCGAGAUCCACGUCGUCGAUCUCGACACUAUCGACCUCAGCAACCUCAACCGACAGUUCUUGUUCCGCCAAGAACAUAUUAAAAAGUCGAAGGCGCUGGUUGCAAAAGAAGUCGCCCAGAAGUUCAACCCCGCCGUUAAGAUCGUUGCGUACCAUGCGAACAUCAAAGAUCCUCGUUUCAGUAUCGAAUGGUUUGGCGGAUUCCGGCUGGUCUUCAAUGCGCUGGAUAAUCUGGAGGCGAGGCGCCACGUCAACAAGAUGUGCCUGGCAGCUGAUGUGCCGCUGAUCGAGAGCGGGACAACCGGCUUCAAUGGCCAGGUUCAGGUCAUCAGGAAAGGCGUCACGGCUUGCUAUGACUGCGCGCCGAAGGAAACACCCAAGACGUUCCCCGUUUGCACCAUCCGGAGCACGCCGAGCCAACCGAUCCACUGCAUUGUCUGGGGGAAGAGCUACCUGCUCAACGAGAUCUUUGGAACAAGCGAGGACGAGUCGGUCUUUGACCACUCCUCCGACGCCGACAACGCACAGGAGAUCGAAGAACUCAAGAGGGAGUCUGCCGUAUUAAGAACGAUUCGCGAGUCAGUCGGCAGCCCGGAAUUCCACCAGAUACUCUUUGACAAGGUGUUCAACACAGACAUAGUCCGGCUACGGUCUAUGGAGGACAUGUGGAAGAGCAGGAAGCCGCCAGAGCCCCUCAAGUACGAGGAUCUGCUAGAGAGGGCAUCGGGGGCUUUGGCAAAUAAAGAUGCCGUGUUGAAAGACGACCAGAGAGUCUGGUCGCUAGAAGAGACCUUCGUCGUCUUCAAGGAUAGCUUGGACCGGCUGAGCAAGCGUAUGCUGGACCUCAAGGCUGCCACAAACGGCUCAGGGCAGGCUGCGAUCAUCACGUUUGACAAGGAUGACGACGAUACGCUUGACUUUGUCGCUGCGAGCGCAAAUAUCAGGUCGACUCUCUUCGGCAUUGAUCGCAAGUCUAAGUUCGACAUCAAGCAGAUGGCUGGCAACAUCAUCCCCGCCAUCGCGACAACAAACGCCAUAGUGGCCGGUCUAUGCGUCCUCGAGGCGUUCAAGGUGCUCAAGGGCGAGUACGACAGGGCCAAGGAAGUGUUCCUGACCCCAUUUGCGCCCGCCCGUCUCCUCGCCUCGGAUAAAUCCAGGGCGCCGAACCCCGACUGCCCGGUCUGCAGCGUCUUCCAGACGCGGGCCUAUGUCGACCUGUCGAGGGCGACGUUGAACGACCUCGUGGAGGACUUUUUGAAGCUCCAACUCGGCUACGGUGACAAGGAGAUUUCCGUCAGCAACGAGGUCGGCAUUCUUUACGAUCCGGAUGAGACGGACAACCUCGACAAAAAGCUGAGUGAACUCGGCAUCAAGCCGGAUUCCUUCCUGACCAUCACCGACGAGGAUGACGAGAACCCCUACGUCAACGUGGUGGUCGCUAUCCAGGAGGCCAAGGAGCCCCUCGAGGACAAGCCCAUCAAAGCCGUCUCCUCGGAAGAAGUCAAGAUUCCGACCAAGCCCAAGAAGACACUAGCGCCGGAUGCGCACGGCCAAAACGGGCUCGGCACGGAGAACGGCAGUAGGCAACAGAACGAGGCCAUAGUCGAAGUCACGCCAGCGAAGCGACCACAUCCGGAUGGCCCUGAGGAUGUUGGGGCGGCCAAGAAGGCGAAGACUUCCGCAUGGUCGAAGCCGAAUAAGGAGGACAAUGAAAUCGUGGUCCUCGACGACAGCGCCGGGGGUGCCAUUGUCAUUGACGAUGACUGAGAAGUCCUUAUCAGACGGGCAGCGCGUCGUCUGCCCGCGACAAACCAGCCUCAGGCGGCACUUAACCCGCCAUCGAGAGUGAGGAUGCAGUUAUUGGCGUACUGGUUUUUGGCGAGGAAGGCUGCGGCGUCGGCGACCUCCUCGGCCGUCCCGAAGCGUUGGAGCGGUAUCCUUUUGAUGAUCUCGUCUUUCUGCGGGAUAUCUUUGGCGAACGGGAUGUAGGAUUAGCUUUUGGGCAAAUGUACGAAUGCGGAACCGGAUGGGAGUUGGAGAGAGGCGCAAAUGGCCGGCCGGCAACUCUGUGUGGGAAAAUACCGUAGAGGCUUCAUCGCGAUGAUAUUCACGAAAUCAAGCAGCCGCAGACUC